CGCAGGGUCAGUCACAUGCCCGUGACGUUGCGCGGGGGGCGGUACCGCUGCAGAGAGGAGGAAAGAUGGCGGCUGCGGGUAUCUGAGCGGAGACCACGAAACGAGAUGUCAGAAGAGCGGGAGGCACCGGGGCCAAUGGCCUCCUCCUCGGCGGGUCUGGGAGCGGAAGUGGGACAGGAGGAAGUCCCCGGGGGAGCGGGUCCGGCUCGGCUGUUGUCACUCCCCUCAGACUCGGACGGGCCGCCCAAGAAGCGACUGCGCUCAGAGGCCGAGCCCGGGAGUGUCCGGCUGGAGGAGAGACUGUACUCGGUGCUUUGCUGUACCGUCUGCCUGGACCUGCCCAAAGCCUCUGUGUAUCAGUGCACUAAUGGGCACCUCAUGUGCGCCGGCUGCUUUAUCCACCUCCUGGCGGAUUCUCGGCUUAAGGAAGAGCAGGCCACGUGCCCUAACUGCCGCUGUGAGAUCAGUAAGAGUUUGUGCUGCAGGAAUCUGGCCGUGGAGAAGGCCGUCAGUGAGCUGCCAUCGGAUUGUGGCUUCUGCCUAAAACAGUUUCCCCGUUCUUUGCUGGAAAGACACAAGAAGGAGGAGUGUCAGGACAGAGUUACACAGUGCAAGUACAAACGGAUCGGGUGCCCAUGGGAGGGCCCGUAUCAUGAGCUAACGGUACAUGAGUCCGAAUGCUGCCACCCUACUAAAACUGGCAAUGAACUGAUGGAGAUCUUGGAUGAGAUGGACCAAACGCACAAGAAAGAGAUGCAGUUGUACAACAGUAUCUUUAGCCUGCUGAGCUUUGAGAAGAUCGGUUACACAGAGGUGCAGUUCCGCCCUUACAGAACCGACGACUUCAUUACCCGUCUGUACUACGAGACACCGCGCUUCACAGUUCUCAAUCAGACCUGGGUUCUUAAGGCUCGUGUUAAUGAUUCGGAGAGGAACCCCAACUUGUCUUGCAAGCGUACCCUAUCCUUCCAGCUCAUCCUAAAGAGCAAAAUCAACUCCCCCAUGGAGUGUUCCUUCCUACUGCUCAAAGGUCCCUAUGAUGAUGUCAAAAUACACCCCGUCAUCUACCACUUUGUGUUCACCAAUGAGAACAAUGAGACGGAAUAUGUGCCGCUGCCAAUCAUAGACUCUGUGGAAUGUAACAAACUGCUGGCUGCCAAGAACAUCAACCUCCGGCUCUUUAUAUUCCAGAUCCAAAAGUAACAAGCUACUGCCCUGCAGAACCAUACUUACCUCAGCCGGCUCCCUGUGUCUCCACUCGGAACGAUGCGUUACAUUGGCUCGGACUAUUUCUUUUCUUGCUUUAGACUAAAGGCAUAUGAAGAUUAGUAGAAAAGCAUUUUUUUGUGUUGCUUUGUAUUUUUAUAUUUAUUUCAUUUCCGGUUUUAGUGUGCUUCUAUAAGUGAGGGGCGUGUUCCGAGUUUGCCAUAAGCCUGCGAAUUUGCAUUACGAGCAGCACUUCUGUCUGUCCGAAGCAUCUCUCCCCACUUUCAAAUUAACCUUUUCCUGGUGUCUCUUCUAACCACCCUUUCCCUCCCUUGCUUUGACUAGAGCACUUUUCAGCACUUUUCAGCGUCUCAUGGCUGCACUUCUCUUCUUGCCUUUGACUUGGUCUCCUCCUCUUCUUGGUCUACUAUCAACUUUUCCCAUCCAGUCUAUUCAUUACUGCAACUUCACCCUGUGCUUGAACCUGCUGUUUCUUCCUUUUUUUGUCAUUUCCCCCCAUAGGCUUACUCUCUACAUGCCGAACAUCUCAUUUUGCUCUUUCUCCACUUGUCUUCUGAAACUUGGCUUUUUCUCUGAUCUCUCCAACCUACACUUCUCUCCCUGCUCCUCUCUCCACUUCUUAUGUCUCACUUGUCCUUUUCUGCUUUCUUCAAUUCUUUUUAUUCAUGUUUAUUUGCACUUUUAUGUCCCUCAGCCUCCGCUUCCUAUAUCAGCUGUUCAUUUCUUCAUUUGCUUGUGUGCUCUGCAUGUUUCCUCUAUUGUUGUGGUUACACCUUCUCUCCGUCUGCCUCUCUCUGCUGCUUUACUUAUUUUAACAUAGAAACGGCCUGUUUUUACUUUCAUUUAUAUUUAUUUCAAUUCUCUAGGCCUUGUACUGUUUUAUUUUCUAUAAAUUCUCCUACAUCUGAUUUCUUCCUCUCCACUGGCCUUAACAGUGCUAUUAGGUGCUGCACCCAAGUGGUUGUAGAAAAGAGAAGUAGUGUUAGUACAUCUAAUCAAGGUGUCAGUGGAAAGUGUUUUGUAGUGAUACCUCGAGUUGUUUGCCGGCUCAGCUUAGUCAAUAUAUCCCAUCAUUGCUCUACACCAUCGUUAGGUAGAUUACCUCUAGCUAUUCUGACUAUUUAUUAUUCAUUUUAUCAUGAAAGAUGUCUUUUAAUUCUGCAGACAAACACAACAGGGUGAUGCAUGGAAUAACGUGGGCAUCCGGCUUUCCAUCCUUCUGGGUGGGCUCUGUUUCUCUGUAUAAAGCUGUACAGUAGGAGGGGAUUUUCUUCCAGCCCCACGUUUGAUUUUCUUUGAUUUAUUCUGUACUUGGAGUAGAGGAACGAAGAGCAGACACAAUGCUGAUAGUGUUGCACGUUUGUAUUCAGCCUGUUAUUGUUAUCUGAAGGUACUCACAAUUCCGAGUUACUUCCUACCUGGAACAUUGUAACGGGCAGCAUUAGCAGUAUUACGUAGUCACAUGGCCGGCAGCACUGGCUGAAUGUCCCAGUUGUAAGGAUGUGUGUCUUUCAGGGGUGAACACCACAAGCUGUAGGUCCCUGGCUGAGUAUGAACAGUUGUUGCUGAUUUGAGCAGUAUUGGGCCUUUCCAUUAGCUCCCAGUAAUGUUGCAGAUGAAGUUUAAAGGGGAAAUAUUGCACAAAUUAAAAUGUAAUAUUAGCUUCGGCAUAUUGAAAUAAGAAACUUUCUAAAUACAAUGAAUUAAAAAGUCUUUACUGUUUCUGAAAUAAUCAAGUUUAUCUUCACGAUUCCUUUCCCAGCGUCUGUUUCCCUCAUUCUGUCUUGAUUCAGGAGUUGGGUGUCAGAUGAAUGAUCCAAUAUAUCUCCUUUUGCCUAGAAGAUGUAUUAGAGGUCACUCUAUUAAACUCACCAGACAUCAUGUCUCUCUACAUGCAGGAUUUGUGCAAAAGGCAGUUAUUUUGUUAGAUUGUGUUUGUACUGGAAUCAGUUAUUUGAAUGAGCUCUAAUUCAUCUGCUAGGAAAGGAGCCCCCCUAUAAGAUAUAUUGGAUGUAACUGUCAGUGAAUAUCUGACACCCAACUGCUGCAUGAAGACAGAAUGAAGAGAAACAGAUGCUGAGGGAUUGUGCAGAUAAACUUGAUUAUUUCAUAAACAAUGCAGAAUGUUUAAUUGAUUGUAUUUAGAAAGUUUCUUACUUCAGUAUGAGGAAGCUUAUAUUACAUUUUCAUGAUAGUUCCCCUUUAAUGUCCACUGAGGCUACUUUCACUGCAGUGUGCCAAUGGAAAUUAUUUUUAUAUAAACCCAUUAGUCACUGUAUAUGUAUUGGAGCAGUGAAAUACCGGGCAGUGUAAUUGCUGCCGUACAGUGACCGUGUAGUUAAAGUAAAAUACUUAGUAAUGCCGCCUCCACUGCUGCUGACUAACUGCCAUGUACCUGCUCCACAUGUGCUUCCCAAGGAGAUGCCGUCAUUGUGUGCAACUGACUUGUCUGGAAACUGUCCGGAAAUAUAGAGAAGCACUUACUGCCCUGACGUAUUCGAAGUAACUGUUCAUAGGUACAUUGACUUGAAUGCUCCAUAUAACGGUUACUGGUCGGUUCUAAGCCAGGGAUAGCCAACAUAUUGGUGCAGGUGGCUGGAGAUGACUGCAAAGCACAGGGUGGCUCUCCUUGGCUGGGAGAAGGUUACCCACAUUUAAUUGGACCACCACCUUGUAUGAAGUGAAUGGAUAUCCAUGCUAUGCCUGUAGGUCUGUCUAUCUUUAUUUUUAUUGCUGAGAAAUUAAAAAGUUUCAUGCACACCA